CUUCUUAGUAAAGUGCUCUCCGUCUGCUCUGGGCGGUCAUCUUCAGUAUGGCAGGUGAAAAUGGAAGGGGACACCGGUCACGUCAAAAUGUGGCAGUCCUAUUGGUCCUGUGCGCUUUGGCCCCGAGUUUAACUUGCUUUAGCUUGCGAGGGCUGAGCAAAAGAGUUAAGCAGGGCAAGGUAGUUGUUGCGGCUACAGUGACGGACAUAAGGACAGGAAGCAUUCUCUUCAAUGGAAAAGAGCUUAACUCCCGGUCAGGGUCCACCUCUGCCGCUGCCACAGGAAAGGAUGAAUUGCUGCAUGUUGAGUCGGAUCAAUCAGAUGGCACAGGUUGGUCAAGAGGACGAAGGCAAGAUAUGGAUUCUAGGGAAGCAUCAUGGAGGCGCAUGGCAUCUUCUCUGCAGUGUGGUGGGGACCAUUUGAAGUUCAGAGCAGUGGGACCGGGAGCUUCACAGUUUGUAGUGGAACAAGGAAAUGCACCUCCAAUGCCUCUGUCCCAGGUCCCUUCCACCUGUGGCUACAACAUACAGAGAAACUCCCUUGCACUUGUUAUGUUGGUUCCCUAUGAUGGCUGCAACAUGGUUCAAGAGGGUGGAAGUUAUGUGCUCCCAAUGCGUUGGCAGGGAGUUCCAGUGUUACUCAGGUGUCCCAAAACCACAACUGCUGCGCCAACCACAACUACUGUGCCAGUCAGAACUACUGCGCCAACAACAAAGACACCAGAAAUGCCUCACUUUCCGCAAUACCCCCCUUUUCCCCCUUAUUAUCCUUACUUUACUCCCCCUCCUCCAACGACAACUGCUGCUGCUCCAACGACAACUGCUGCUGCGUCAACCACAAAGACACCAGAAAUGCCUCACUUUCCGCAAUACCCCCUUUUCCCCCCUUAUUAUCCUUACUUUACUCCCCCUCCUCCAACGACAACUGCUGCUGCUCCAACGACAACUGCUGCUGCUCCAACGACAACUGCUGCUGCUCCAACGACAACUGCUGCUGCUCCAACGACAACUGCUGCUGCUCCAACGACAACUGCUGCUGCAACGACAACGACUGCUGCUCAUGCCUCACUGCUGCCGUCAACCAAGACACCUAAAAUGCCUCACUUUUCCAUCCAACGACUUUUGCCCCUUUUAUCCUUACUUUACUGCCCCUCCUGCAACCACAGCUGCUACUGCUCCAACGACAACUGCUGCUGCAUCAACCACAAAGACACCUAA